GUGAAGUGGCGGCCUCUGGCACCGGGAGACGGAAUCGCUAAGGAACGGUCGGGAAUGCCGAUGAUGCGCGUUCUCAGCGGUCCGCCGGAUCAGUGCUAGUGCUUGACGCGAGGCGAGUGUGUACGGUGGUGCACGGUCGCCUUCGCCGAUACGGGCUGUCUGCACGGGCUGUUUUCGUUCUGGUGUCGGUUCAUUUGAAACGUGUCUUGUACAGCUCGCCGUGAGAGACGGUUCGUUUUGAAUAAAGUUCGGUGAAGAACCAGGACUCUUGCUAUCGUGUAUAUGCGGACACCGACGAAAAGGGACCGAGCGAGAACGGGUCCGAGAGUACGGUGCGUCGAUCAAUCCCGAAUCCUCGCGUAGUGAGAGAGAGCUUCGACAUAGUGGAGGGACCGUAGGGCAGGGUGGCUCGCCACCAGCCGACUACGAAUAAAGGGCAAGAGAAAUGGGCCGGUCCGUACUUACGUGAUAGGAGGUGCAUGAGCGCGCGCGCGCUCGCGCUCGUUCUCACUUGCGUGUGUGUUAUUAUGUGCGUGUGUGUGUGCGUGUGUCCUCGUCUAAGGCGAGUGUGUACGUGAGGAGGAAGAAGAGGGCUGUCAAGGGUGCGAAACGGAAAAUCCCCGUCUGUCGGGAGAAAGUGUCCUAGAAUCGUAGAAACCCGACCGAAAAAAUAUAGUAACCGAAACUAGCCGCGUAUCAAUCCUCGGAUCAUCGACGAUCCCAAGAUGACAGCGAAGUACAUCUUCAUCACGCUGAUUAACGCGGCUUUCCUCUGCCUCGCAUCGACCAUACUCUCGGAGUCAGCCGGAGCCUCUUGCAAGUGGUUGUCCGAGGGCGGCAACGACACCCGUUCCGCGGAUUGCACCCUGCGAGUAUUGGACCCAGGCGCUAUCACUAGCUUAGUCCCAUCCCUAGACGGUGCGCUCAAGCUGCGGAUUCGUUGCAGCGACGUCCACCACUUCGAGAGCAGUUUUAAUGCGCAGAGCUGGCAACGGUUGACCACUCUGCACGACCUGCACGUGCAUGGUUGCAAAGUAUUGCGCGUGCCGGACGCUGCGUUUCAACCCCUUCUCGAAUUAAAACGACUGACCAUGCAAACGUUCAACGCGGUUUGGGGUGCUGGUCGAGUCCUGGAGUUCUCGCAGGACUCCUUUCUCGGUCUACGCGAGCUCCAUACUUUGGAAAUCGUCGAGAGCAAUCUUCAAGCCCUCCCCACGAAUCUGUUGUGUGGGUUGGAUAAUUUGCAAACGCUGAACCUCACCGGAAAUCGUUUGCGCGACGCCAAUGACAUUGGACUGAACCGUAGAGACUUGCCAAUCGACGAAACCAUCGAAUCCUGCCACGCGGAUAUCAGGAUUCUAGACCUCUCGCGUAACGAACUGACACGACUGCCGGAGAACAGUCCGCUGGCAGGCUUACGGCAGCUACAAGAGCUGCACCUGCAACGAAACGAGAUCGUUGAAAUCGCCAGCGACGCGCUUACCGGGCUGACUGUGCUGCGCACCUUCAACGCGAGUUAUAAUUCCCUGGACUCGCUGCCGGAGGGUUUGUUCGCCAGCACGAGGGAUCUACGGGAAAUACACCUGGCGUACAACGGCCUCCGCAACCUGCCCAAGGGUAUAUUCACUCGGUUGGAGCAGCUGUUGGUCUUAAAUCUGGCUGGGAAUCGGUUGGGCAGUGACCAAGUGGACGAGACCACGUUCUUGGGCCUGAUCCGACUGAUCGUGCUCGAUCUGUCUUAUAAUUUGUUGACGCACAUCGACGCUCGUAUGUUCAAGGACUUAUUCUUCCUGCAGAUCCUCGAUCUUAGGAACAAUUCCAUCGACCGGAUCGAGAGCAACGCCUUCCUGCCGCUGUACAACCUGCACACCCUCGAGCUGUCCGACAACAAGCUCCACAACGUGGGAGCACAACUAUUCAACGGACUGUUCGUGCUGAACCGUUUAACGCUGUCCGGCAAUUCUAUCGCGAGUAUCGACCCACUCGCGUUUCGCAAUUGUUCGGACUUGAAGGAGCUAGAUCUAAGCGGCAACGAACUGGCCAGCGUGCCCGACGCGCUGCGCGACCUCGCUUUUCUGAAGACCUUGGAUUUAGGCGAGAACCGUAUCAGCGAUUUCCACAAUGGCUCGUUCCGAAAUCUUCAUCAGCUGACCGGGCUCCGGUUGAUUGGAAACGAUAUCGGUAAUGUAUCUCGUGGUAUGCUGUGGGACCUGCCGAAUCUUCAAAUCUUGAAUCUCGCGAGAAACAAAGUGCAGCACGUCGAAAGACACGCGUUUGAAAGGAACUUGAGGCUCGAAGCGAUAAGAUUGGAUGGGAACUUUCUAUCGGACAUCAACGGUGUCUUCACCAGUAUCACCAGUUUGUUGCUGCUGAACCUCUCCGAGAAUCAUAUCGAGUGGUUCGAUUAUGCUUUCAUACCGGGGAAUUUGAAAUGGCUGGAUAUCCACGGGAACUUCAUCGAGAGCCUCGGGAACUACUACGAGAUCCGCGACACGAAAGUGAAGACGUUGGACGCGAGUCACAAUCGUAUCACGGAACUGUCUCCGUUAUCCGUGCCCGACAGCGUCGAGUUGUUGUUCAUAAAUAACAAUUACAUCAGCGUCGUUCGAUCCAAUACAUUCGCCGACAAAGUGAAUUUAACCAGAGUCGAUAUGUACGCGAACAUGAUCGAGACGAUGGAGCUAACAUCGUUGCUUCUGACCAAAGUGCCAGAAGAUCGACCUUUGCCCGAGUUCUACAUCGGUGGUAAUCCGUUCAACUGCAAUUGCUCGAUGGACUGGUUGCCGGCGAUCAACAAUCAAACAUCUACCCGGGAGUACCCACGUAUCAUGGACCUGGACAACGUGAUGUGCCGCACGUCCGGUCCACGUGGCGUCGCGAUAGUACCUGCAUCCACUGCCAGAUCCGAACAAUUCCUCUGCCGCUACGAGACCCAUUGUUUCGCCCUCUGCCAUUGUUGCGAGUUCGACGCCUGUGACUGCGAGAUGACCUGCCCAGGCGGCUGCAAGUGCUACAACGACCGUACCUGGAACACGAAUGCGGUGGACUGUUCCGGGCUGGGAGUCGAGGAAAUACCGAGACGGAUACCGAUGGACGCGACCGAGGUCUACCUGGACGGUAACGUGUUACGCGAGUUGCAGAAUCACGUGUUCAUCGGACGCAAGAAUAUGCGUGUGCUGUACGUGAACGCGAGCGGCAUCGAGUCGAUACAGAACCGCACGUUCAACGGCCUGAACAAUCUGCAGACCCUCCACCUAGAGGACAAUAGGAUACGCGAGUUGAAGGGUUUCGAGUUCGAAAGAUUGUCCCAUCUGCGCGAACUUUAUCUGCAGAACAACCAGAUAGGGUAUAUCGGUAACUUGACCUUCCUCCCGUUGCGUUCCCUAGAAAUAUUGCGGCUGAGCGGUAACCGGCUAGUCACUUUCCCGGUUUGGCAGGUUACCCUGAACGCGAGGCUAGUGGAGUUGUCCCUGGGCGGCAACCCGUGGUCCUGCCGGUGUAAGUUCCUGCAGGAGUUGUCGUCCUGGGUUUCGGACAACGCGCACAAGGUCGUGGACGCGAGCGACGUUUGGUGCUACUACGGCGGGGACGCGAGGCCCGCCUACAGGCGUCGGUUAAACGUAAACGAGACCGUCUGUUCCGAUUAUUUCUCUCAGGGUGGUGUCAUAGAGAGCAUCAUGGUGUCCGAUUAUCUGCCUCUUGUAGCCGCGACACUAUCCGCUGUAUUAGUCCUCUUAGUGAUCAUCGUCCUCGCGUUUAUAUUCCGCGAGCCGGUCGGCGCGUGGGCUUACUCGAAGUACGGGCUUAGAUUCUUGCGCGCGAAGCCCGGUAAAUCGACGGGUACCGCGACGAUGCCUUCGGCCGCGCCGAUGACCGCUUGCUGCGACGGGGAUAGGGAUCGUCAGUACGACUGCUACGUCUGCUACAGCCCCAACGACGAGGACUUCGUAAUACAUUCCUUGGCCGUGGAACUGGAGCACGGUACCGCCGGUUUAAGACUCUGCCUCCAUCAUCGCGAUCUACCCUGCGUGCUCCGCGCUUCCACCCCCGCGCCGGUCAUCUUGGAAGCGGUCGAUGCGUCCAGGCGCGUGCUGAUCGUCUUGACCCGUAACUUCUUGCAAACGGAAUGGUCGCGGUUCGAGUUUCGAGCGGCUCUUCACGAAGCGCUACGCGGUCGAGCUACCCAGUUGAUUGUAGUCCAAGCCGGCCACCCGUGUCCGGAAGUGGAACGGGACCCGGAACUGCGACCGUAUCUCCGUACUGCCGCAGCGAUACUCGCGUGGGGCGAGAAAAGGUUCUGGGAGCGUCUCAGGUACGCGAUACCACCGGCGAAUGUCGGGGACAUAUCAAUGGAGAACAAAUCGUCGCCGUUGGUCUACAAACGUAACAUCAACACGUACACGCUGGACGGGGUCGGUGGCGAGAAGACGGCGAUGUCUACGCUCCGGGCGCACGAGAGACAAAGGACUUUCUUCAAAGACUCGUCCCCGACGACCGCAUUAAUGCUGCAACACGCGCCUCCCGCCUAUUCCUGCGGCACGGUGUCCGUGCCGCAGCAACAACCGCCGCCUUCGUCCUCGCCGCAGCCCAGGCUGACCGUCAAUCACGCCUACCGGGAUGCGGUCACCGUGCCGGGUAGCAAUCUCGUCGCCGCGAACACGACGGUGAGCAGCGGGAGCAGCGAGGAUCACAGGAGGCCGCUGUCCGAGCACAUAUACUCGUCCAUCGACUCGGAUUAUUCGACGUUGGAGAGAACCGCCUGGAGACAACAGCAGCCGCCACCCCCGCCGCCGCCACCAUCUUCCGGCCAGGCCUAUCUCGUCUAGCUCCGCGCGAAUUGUCUUCUGCUUGUGAUACAUACCGUUGUUCUACGCCCUUUAACUGGGAUUUAAAAACGAAAAAAAAAUACCGAAAAAAGAAGCUUCUUACCGCUUUUCGUGUCCGCGACGCGAAGGGGAGGGAUUCGGUUUAUACUCGCGAGGAUAGGGUAGGAUAGUUCCGCGUCGCUUUUUUCCAACCUAGGACCGAUCAAUCUGUCGCAUCGAUGGUCGAGGAAGUGAAAGAUAUAUUUUCGAUUACGAUUCGCGCGCGUCGAGCGUCUCGGGGGUCACCGUGGGAUUAAAGGGGAUUUCGCGUUAGCACCUCAUCGAGAUUAUCGAGCUUUCGUUACCAUUCGCCGGGAACGGUUUGGUAUCUCUCGCGAUGGUAUCGUCCCGCGAUCAUCCGGGAAUCUAAUAUCGCUUCAGAGAUGUUUACUCGGGACGAUCGUUUUUUUUCUCUAUCCGGGAAACACCGCGUGCCGAGAGCUUUGUUUUAUCGGUGAAAGCGUGAUUGUCCACUUUUCUCCACUUGUAACGUUUUCUACUUUUCCCCCUUGCGUUCUGUGUCCUCCACCCUUUUCCCUAUCUUUUGUUGCUUUUCAUCCUUUUUUCACUGAAUAUCAAAACCUCAACCUCUAUUUCUGUUUCCCUUUC